CCGACCGGCGCAGUGCAGCCUGCACAUGAUCCUGAUACACAGACAUGCAUGACCUGCCAGCCGCCAGCCUCCUUCUAGUUCGAAUCGUUAUCGCACUUCGCGUACAUUGUCCGCAGUCUACGCUUUGAAGUUUGAAUAGAAAACUGUCCCUCGCAGGCUGUGUGGAUACUGAAAAACCCGAAGACUACUCAAACUUCAAUGGGUCGUCUUCUUCUUCUUCAUCUUCCUUGUUCAACGAAAACCUUAGAAGCCCAUCGAGAGAGGGGCACAACAUCCAACCUACGACUGGGCAUCAAUGGCUCGCAGCGGCCCUCGCUUGAACCCCCAUUUCGCGGCCGAGAAAGCAGUCUCGGCGAUCGGCCUCGGCUACGAUCUCUGCAACGAUAUCCGCCUGUUGUCGUGCAAAUCGGGUCCUUCCGGGUCGAGGUUGAUCGAGCUGGACCAUACCGUGACCCGAGACCUCAUUCUUCCCGGCGGGUUGGUCGUCCCUCAAGUGCCCACCUCCAUCAAGUGCGACAAAGGUGAGCGCACCAGGUUUCGCUCCGAUGUCGUUUCAUUUCACCAGAUGUCAGAGCAACAUAAUCGCGAAAUGUCAUUAUCUGGCAAAAUACCAUCUGGGCUAUUCAAUGCAAUGUUUGACUUCAAGGGGUGCUGGCAGAAGGAUGCAGCUACCACAAGGAGUGUUGCAAUGGAUGGUUGGUUUAUAGCUCUAUAUAACAUUGAGUUGGACAGAUCCCAGAUAACACUCUCCGAGCAAGUCAAACAAGAUGUCCCUUCUUCAUGGGACCCUGCUGCUCUUGCCGAGUUCAUUGAAAAAUACGGUACUCAUAUUAUUGUUGGGGUAAAUGGAGGCAAGGAUGUAAUUUACACAAAGCAGUUGGAAACUUCAAAUAUUCAGCCCACUGAAGUCCAGAAAUUGUUAAAGCAAUUGGCUGAUCAGAGAUUUUCUGAAGAUGGGAAUGGAAGUUUCUUACUAAACUCUGCUGAAAUAUCAGGAAAACUGAAGGAAGAACAUUCUAUCCCUUAUCUUCGUAAAGCCUUUUCUGCCUCUCUUAGGCCACCAGGUGUCACUUACUCGAAGAUUGAUGAUGUAGUGUGCAUCUAUAUCCGAAGGGGAGGUGUUGAUACCGGUCAAGAUCAUAACCAGUGGCUCUCAACCAUAUCACAAUCUCCUUAUGUCAUAUCAAUGUCGUUUGUGCUAACUUCACUCUUGAGUGGUGUCCAAGGCAAUGGAUUCCUAAUUCACGCUGUGAAUCUCUACCUUAGAUAUAAACCACCAAUAGAGGAACUCCAUCAAUUUCUCGAAUUUCAACUGCCUCGUCAAUGGGCUCCAAUGUAUAGUGAUUUACCGCUCAGUCUUAGGCACAGAAAACAAGUUUCUCCAUCUCUUCAGUUCAGUUUAAUGGGCCCCAGGCUUUUUGUCAACACCAUGCAGGUUAACUCUGGAAAUCGACCAGUGACAGGGGUCCGUCUAUACUUGGAAGGCAAGAGAAGUGACCAUCUUGCAAUUCAUCUUCAGCAUCUCUCAACUGUUCCCAAGAUUCUCCAACUCUCAGAUGACCACGGUUUUGAGCCCAUUGAGGAACCAGCUGAUCGAGCCUACUUUGAACCUGUCAAGUGGAGCAUAUUCUCACAUGUCUGCACUGCCCCAGUGCAGUACAAUGGUUCUCACAUUGAUGACUCUGCUUCUAUUUUGACAAAGGCCCGGUUUGAAGUUAAGGUUAUUGGAAUGAGGAAAGUUUUGUUCUUGAGGCUUGGAUACUCCAUGGUGGCAUCUGCAAGGAUACGUAGAUCAGAAUGGGAAGGAUCCACAACUUCAUCUCGAAAAUCUGGUUUCAUCUCAAUGAUGAUUAGCACAAGAUUUAGUGCUGGACUGAACCCACCUGAGAAGCCAGCCAAAGUGGAUAUGAAUUCAGCAGUUUAUCCAGGUGGGCCACCCUUACCACCAAGGGCCCCUAAAAUGGCAACUUUUGUUAAUACGAAGGAAAUGGUGAGGGGCCCAGAGGACCCGCCUGGAUAUUGGGUGGUCACCGGAGCCAAGCUGUGUGUAGUUGGUGGCAGAAUCUCAAUCAAAGUGAAAUACUCACUGUUGACCAUAAUGUCAGAAGAGUCAAUAGUAUUAAUGUGAGAAUACCGAACAGGGAGCAAAGUCAAUUUUUUCCGUUGUAAAUGGAUCGGGUAGAUUUUGUAUUUAAAUCAGCUUCAAUAUUA